CUUGUAGGAUAUGGACAAAAUAUAAAUAAAUAAAUAAAAAUCAAACAUUUUUCAUUAAUCUAGGUGAGGUAAGCCGAAUCCAUUUGGUUUUCAUGCGAUACGAGUACUGGGUGUGUCAGUUGGUUCUUUAAUCUUUUUUCUCUUUUCAAUCAUACCUUUUGCAGAAACUUUUUGAGGCCUUUUCCCUAUUUAAAUAUGUCAAAUCAGAGGGGCAUCCCCUAAUUUUUAGCUGGAGAGCUUUCAGUGGGAUCUGGCUUCGAUGCAGUGUAAAAAAUUCACAGCAAUCUGCUGUAACCUCUAGUUAUUUGGACGGUUCAGAUUCAGUCUUGUUUUUCAAAACAAAACUCUCGGAAACACACGACACUCUUUUAUUGUCACAUGUGACAUGUCUCUCAAACGUACCAAAACACUCGCACACAGACAAACAACACACGCGCGUCACCCAUCCAGUCAAAGUUCAAACAUUUCUAAUUCCCACUUCCUUCUCUUCUCUUCUCUUCUCUCUCUCUCUCUCUCUCACAGCGCGCACACACAAAUGGAGAGGCCAGAGGCAGAGGAUGAAAGAAGAAGACGAGGGACAGUGGCAAAGAUGCCAAAGAAUAAGGGAAAGGAGGUGCUACACCCACCACCACGGCGCAAGUGGGCUUUGCCACCACUAGCAUUGGCUCCAUCCAACGAGGUGAGGCUGGCAGCCAUAGCCGUUGAUUUGAACGUCCGGCUGAGAUCGGCCGAGAUGCCUUCUUUGAUGCAAGAGCGUGCCUUCCGGUACACCAGAGCACUCCUCGACGCUAAUCCCGACCAGAAGCCCAGUCCAACGCGCCUUGCCAUGUGCCUCAAGAAGGAAUUUGAUGCAGUGUAUGGUCUGGCAUGGCACUGCAUUGCUGGGAAGAGUUUUGGAUCUUUCGUGACUCACUCCUCGGGUGGAUUUGUAUAUUUCUCCGUUGGCAAUCUCUCCUUUCUUCUCUUCAAGACCGUGGUUCGACCAACCAAGUCUCCUGUGUUACUGAAACUUACCAGUAAUGCAUAAUAUUUAUUUAUUUAUUUUGUCUAAUUUAGCGAAUACUUCAGUCCUGCAUGUUAAAUUUACGUUCAGAGCUGUUUCCGUUCUUAGAAUAACUCAUCAGAGUUUGCAUAAUAGGAUUUGCUAAUUUAAUA